GAAGUAGAGGCUCUCUGAGCUAAACGGUACUAACCCCAACCCGAGACGCGGGUUAAACUCCAGUAAACUCUGUUUGUGGCAGCGGACUGAUGCUAACGGCGAUGCUAAAGGCUAGCUGGGCUCGUGAGCGGGGGACGGGCGAGGAAACACGAAACAGAAGUAAAGAAGAAGAAGCGGAGCAGGGUGAAGGACGCGGGAGAGGAAGCAGCACGUGACAGGAUUGGGACGCGGCCCGCCUCCUGCAGGUAAACAGGCUGAACUUUCUGCCCCGCUCGCGACACAGAUGCCCCCCGAGGGGGCAAAUAACUGAGUGAAAGUUCAGCCGCCGGUGCAGGAAUGCGGCCGCUGCUCGUGAGCCGGUCCCGGUCUCAGCGCGGAGCGGAACAGCGGAUUAAAGCGGAGGAAGCCGGAGCUCUUCUCAAGUUCCUCAUGAGAGACGCUGCAAAGUUCCUGUUAGCCGUUAGCUGCUGCUAGCAGCCCGCCGCCGGGAAGACCGGUCCCCGGUCCCCGGUCCCCGGGAGCAGGUCCCGCCGCUGGAGCCCGGAAGCUGCUCCGUGGUUCCUGGACAGCCGCAGCUCACGAGCCCUCACACUCCCGGGUCGGUGAUCAACAGGUCCGAGGACCGGACCGGACCGGAGCCUCUACCGGCCGGGACGAGGACCGGAGGACAGACAGGAGGACAGACAGGAGGACAGACAGGAGGACCACCCAUAAUCAUCAGUAAAUUGACUCAUCGAUCAUUGAACAGGUGUUCGGCCGGUCCGGCUCAGAUGUGGUUUCCUUGACGACGCUGCUACCGCUGCUCCGCUGCUCGCUGCUCCGCUCCGAUUGGCCCGCCGCCGCCCCGCCAGUCAUGGAGCCGGCCUAUCAGAAGCUUCACUCCGGCUGAGGAGGCGGAGCUCCAGACUGAAGAAGCUCUCAGCCGUCCUGCUGGCCGCCUACGGCCUGUCCAAGCUCUGUCCCCACGUCUGGAGGACGCUGCAGAGUGCAGCGGGCAGACAGCAGCAGGGGGUGGUGGACGGGACGGCAGGUGAGGAUGGAGACGUAGAAGACGGAAGACGCACGAAGAUGAAGAACAAGAAGAGCGACAAGCAGGUUCCAGCGGUCAACAGGGAUUCGUCCUGCGUCUGUCUCGGCUGCUGAGGCUCCUGUUUCCAGGUUACUGAGUCCAGAGGUCGGCUCUGCUCGCCCUUCACUGCUCACCCUGACGUCCCGGACCUUCCUGUCCAUCUAUGUGGCUCGUGGACGGAGCGAUCGUGCGCUGCAUCGUGCAGAAGGACGGCCGGGCCUUCGUGCUGCAGCUGGCCCGCUGGCUGCUGGUGGCCGUCCCGGCGACCUUCACCAACAGCAGCCUGCGCUUCCUGGAGGGUCAGCUGACCCUGAGCUUCCGCAGCCGGCUGGUCGGCCACGCCUCCCGGCUCUACCUCAGCGACCAGACGUACUACCGGGUCAGCACCAUGGACGGCCGGCUGUCCAACCCGGACCAGUCCCUGACGGAGGACAUCGCCAUGUUCUCGGCGUCCGUCUCUCACCUGUACUCCAACCUGACCAAGCCGGUGCUGGACGUGGCGGUGACCUGCUACACGCUGCUGCGCGCCGCCCGCUCCAAAGGAGCCGACACCACGUGGCCGUCCGUCAUCGCCGGCCUGGUGGUGGCGCUCACGGCCAAGGUGCUGCGGUCCUGCUCGCCGCGCUUCGGCACGCUGGUGGCCGAGGAGGCGCGGAGGAAAGGCGAGCUGCGCUACCGGCUGGCCCGCAUCAUCAGCAACUCCGAGGAGAUCGCCUUCUACGGGGGGCACAAGGUGGAGCUGGCCCAGCUGCAGACCAGCUUCGCGCGGCUGCGCUCUCAGGCGCGGCGGCUGCUGUGGAAGCGUCUGUGGUUCGUCAUGCUGGAGCAGUUCCUCAUGAAGUACGUGUGGAGCGCCGCCGGCCUGGUCAUGGUCGCCGUGCCCAUCAUCACCGCCGCCGGAUACGCCCCGCACGAUCCCGAAGAGGUGAAGCGGGCCGCCGUGGAGAUGAAGGAGGAGCAGCUGGUGAGCGAGCGGACGGAGGCCUUCACCACGGCCAGGAACCUGCUGAACGCCGCCGCCGACGCCGUGGAGCGCAUCAUGAGCUCCUACAAGGAGGUGACGGAGCUGGCCGGCUACACCGCCCGGGUCUCGGAGAUGCUGGACGUGUUUGAAGACGUGAACCAGGGGAUCUACCGCCGCUCGGCCGACCGGGAGGAGGAGCCUACGCCCGAGGUAGCCGGGGGCGGAGCCGAGGGCGAAGGAGGUGUGGUCAAACAUGGGCAGAGAGUGUGUGGGCCGCUCCAGAUCAGAGGUCAGGUGAUCAGUGUGGAGAAGGGGAUUCGCUGUGAGAACCUGCCAAUCAUCACCCCAACUGGAGACGUGGUGGUGUCCAGCCUCAACAUCCAGGUGGAGGAUGGGAUGAACGUCCUCAUCACUGGUCCUAACGGUUGUGGGAAGAGCUCCUUGUUCCGGAUCCUCAGUGGUCUGUGGCCCGUUUAUGGAGGACGGCUGUACCGACCAGAACCAGAACACAUGUUCUACAUCCCACAGAGGCCCUACAUGUCUGAGGGGACGCUGAGGGACCAGGUGAUCUACCCGGACUCUGUGGACGACAUGGUCCAGAGGGGACUGACGGACUCGGACCUCGGGGACAUCCUGAGAACCGUCCACCUGCUCUACAUCCUGGACCGAGAGGGAGGUUGGGAGGCGGUCAGCGACUGGAAGGACGUCCUGUCAGGCGGAGAGAAGCAGAGGAUGGGGAUGGCCCGCAUGUUCUACCACCGCCCCCGCUACGCCCUCCUGGAUGAGUGCACCAGCGCCGUCAGCAUCGACGUGGAGGGACGCAUCUUCCAGGCUGCAAAGGAUGCUGGGAUAUCUCUGCUGUCCAUCACACACAGACCCUCACUCUGGAAGUACCACUCUCAGCUGCUGCAGUUUGAUGGAGAAGGAGGAUGGAGGUUCGAGCCGCUGGACGCCUCCACCCGGCUCUCCCUGCAGGAGGAGAAGCAGCGUCUGGAGAACCAGCUCUCUGGGAUUCCCAGAAUGCAACAGCGGCUGGCGGAGCUGUGUGCCCUGCUGGGAGAGGAGGAGGGCGAGGGGGCAGCGGAGCACAGGUCCUGAUGGAGAGGACACACACACACACACACACACACACAGCGCCUCCUGCAGGCUGAACGGAUCUCUUAUGUUUGUUUUAAUGAAAGUUGAUUUUAUUAAAUUCUGGAUUUGAUUC